AUGCACUUCGAAGGGAUGCGGGUCUCAGUCUGUACUUGGCCGUCCCGCAGGCCGCACGAACGAUUCGGCCCAGGACAUAUACAAGGAAACCUUGUCGUCCGCUGUCAAUGCUGCCGCCGCUGCGUGGCAGUGGACUAUCAGAACCCGCUGUUUGAGUUGCUCGGGGGGAACCGGACGUCUGUGACGGAUCAGACGUUGUGUUUCUUCAAUUGCGUAGAAGGCGCCGGCGUGACGUACAGCAUGCGGCACACGGGCUUGGGGGAGACAGCAGUGAGCGCGUUGUACCGCAAAGUUCGCCACAUUAUGGCUUGGGACGCGGUGCGCGAGCAGGGCGCCCUCGUAUUCGGAGUGAAACCUGAUGGCCGCACCACCGAGGUGGAGUCCGACGCGCACGUCUUCUUCUCGUGGACCGAGCCGGGCACCGAGGCGGACAAAGACGAGGACGGAAUCAUCCCAGUUCGUAUCCAUUAUUUUUACGUUUGGAUCGGUGUGAUGGAAAGAGGGAACCUCCGGAACUCCCACUUCCGAGAGGUGGGUAUCACCAAGGCGAGGAAUUGCGGGGAUGGAGGUCCCCCCCUCCAGAGGACGAGGAACACUGGAGGCCCAUAUGUGAUGCGGUGUUCCACGAGGGCUCCAACGUGGUGA